UGGUGAGAGGAGAAAGGAGGUGGGCUGGCUUUAACAAAAAAACGAGAGACCCGUUGAUCAAUAUUUGGCUGUCUUGCUGCAAAUUGCUGCAGUGUUUUAAAGGAGUAGUAGGGUGCAAAAGGGACUGACAGAAGGGGGCAAAGAGCUAUACAUGUCACAUGUGCUUUUCCGGACCAUCGGGGUUAUCUGCCAGUUGGAUUUGGUGGAGGAUGCUGCGACAAGUGAUACACAGAGGGCUGAAGACAUCCUGCUACAAGCUGGGGUUAUUUGUAAGCAGGCAUCCGGUGUUUUUUCUCACUGUUCCCGCAGUCCUGACCAUCAUUUUCGGAUUUAGCGUCCUAAGUCGAUUCCAACCUGAAACUGACCUGGAGGUCUUAGUAGCUCCCAGCCACAGCCAGGCAAAAAUUGAAAGGCGUUUGGCCAAUAGCCUUUUCCCAAUCGAUCAGUCCAAGAACAAGCUUUAUUCAGAUCUUCACACACCGGGCAGAUAUGGCAGAGUGAUGGUCCUGUCUAAACCUGGAGAAAAUAUUUUAGAUCGGGCUGACCAGAUACUGCAGAUCCACCGAGCAGUGCUUGAGAUGAAGGUUAAAUAUAAUGGCUAUAACUAUACUUUCUCUCAUCUGUGUGUGAUGAGCAAUCAGGAUAAGAAGUGUCUACUGGAUGAUAUCAUUUCAGUACUAGAGGAUCUCAGGCAGGCUUCCUUCUCCAACAAAUCUACAGCGAGGAUUACAGUGAGUUACCCCAACACCAAAUUAAAGGAUGGAAGAUUGGCUUUCAUUGGACAUCAGCUUGGAGGAGUUUCUGAAGUUCCUAACAGCAAAGACCAAAGGGUCAAGUCAGCCAGGGCAGUCCAGAUUACCUACUACCUCCAGAGCUAUGCUUCUGCUACCCAAGGCAUCAUCGGUGAAGAAUGGGAGACUGAUUUUUGUAAUCUUAUGCAAAAGCUCCAGGCAGACAUGAAAGACCUUCACAUAUAUUGCCUCACAUCCUUCAGCCUGUGGAGGGAUUUCUAUAAGACCAGCAUUUUAGUCCGGGGUGAAAUCCUGGUCAGCCUGGUGCUUAUCCUCGUUGCAGUCACGUUGUCCAGUUCAAUGCGAGACUGCCUCCGGAGCAAGCCAUUCCUAGGACUGUUAGGGGUGCUCACUAUCUGCAUUUCCAGUGUCACUGUGGCAGGGAUAUUCUUCAUUACAGAUGGAAAGUACAACUCCACUCUCCUGGGAAUUCCAUUCUUUGCAAUGGGCCAUGGAACGAAAGGCGUAUUUGAACUUCUUGCAGGAUGGAGAAGAACAAAAGAAAAUCAGCCUUUUAAAGACAGAGUGGCAGAUGCUUAUUCUGACGUGAUGGUUACUUAUACUAUUACCAGCUCACUAUACAUUAUCACAUUUGGUAUGGGUGCCAGUCCAUUCACAAACAUUGAAUCAAUUAAAAUAUUUUGCCAGAAUAUGUGUGUAACUGUACUGUUUAACUAUUUUUAUGUCUUCUCAUUUUAUGGUUCAUGUCUGGUUUUUGCUGGCCAGUUGGAACAGAACAGGUACCAUAGUGUAUUCUGUUGCAAAAUUCCUUCUGCAGAAUACAUAGACAGGCAACCCAUAUGGUUUCAAGCCAUGAUGAGUGACGGACAUCUCCCAACAACACACCAUGACAACAAUCCUUAUCAGAGUCAUUGUAUUCAACACUUUCUAAGAGAACAUUUUAAUGAAUGGAUCACUAAUAUCUAUAUUAAGCCUUUUGUUGUACUCUUAUACCUCAUUUAUGCAUCAUUUUCAUUUAUGGGAUGCUUACAGAUUAGUGAUGGCUCCAAUAUUGUCAACCUUUUAGCUAGUAACUCCCCAAGUGUAUCCUAUGCUUUCACCCAGCAGAAGUACUUCAGUAACUACAGUCCUGUAAUAGGAUUCUAUAUUUAUGAACCACUCGAGUAUUGGAAUAUGACAGUUCAAGACGAUUUAAAAAUCCUAGGCCAUGGUUUUAACAGAAUUUCAUGGAUUGAGCAAUAUUUUCAGUAUUUAAAAGUUAUUAAUACCACUGCAACAAAUAAAACUGAAUUUCUUAACAUUCUUCAGAACUCCUUUUUGAAGAAACCUCAAUAUCAGCAUUUCAAAAAUGAUAUAAUUUUUUCGAAGAUGGGAGAUGAAGCAAAUAUAAUUGCAUCACGAAUGUAUUUGGUGGCUAGAACAACUGAGAAUACACGAGAAGAAGUCAUUGAAAUUUUGGAGAGAAUAAGACCCCUUUCUUUUAUUCAAAGCAUAAAAUUUAUUGUGUAUAAUCCAACAUUUGCCUUCCUGGACAAUUACAGUGCAUCUGUUGCAUCACCCAUCUUGAUUGCUGGUUUCAGUGUACUAACAAUUAUGGUACUGACAUUUUUUAUCGUUAUUCAUCCACUGGGAAACUUCUGGUUGAUCCUUACCGUUACUUCAAUAGAACUUGGUGUCCUUGGACUAAUGACCUUAUGGAAUGUAGACAUGGACUGUGUUUCAGUCUUGUGCCUUAUUUAUGCUUUAAAUUUUGCCAUUGACCACUGUGCACCUCUGCUUUAUACCUUUGUACUAGCAAUAGACCAUACAAGAACUCAGUGCAUCAAAGGUGCGCUCGAGGAGCAUGGGGCUGCAAUUCUGCAAAAUAUUACCUGCAAUGUCAUGGGGCUUGUACCCCUUGGUUUUGUGCCUUCAAAUCUGACCUUUACACUGUUUAAAUGCUUGCUACUUACCAAUGGUUGCACUCUCCUGCACUGCUUUGUUAUACUACCCGUAUUCCUGACUUUCUUUCCACCAUCAAAAAAGAGACAUAAGAAAAAGAAACGCGCCAAAAGAAAAGAAAGAGAAGAGAUUGAGUGCAUAGAGAUUCAGGAAAAUCCUGAUCAUGUAACGUCUGUUUGA